AUACAGAUCACCUUGGAUCAGUGCAAGUCAAGGCACAUAGCACAAACCAGCGCCUGGGGGUAAAGACGCACAGAGCUGGAUCUGCUGUUGUAUUACAGACCCCUCAGUCAAGUACUGACUCUCUGUAUCGCACACAGAAGUCGAGUUAACACCGCUGCAAUCCGAAUAGUCGCUUUCCAAGCCAAGUUUUCUAUGCAACUGUUGCGCGUCUCCACUUUGGAUAGAAAUAGCCUGAUCACUGCGCGCCGCAGAGCGCAAAGGAUCGGAGAAGCUCUGGUUUGAACGAGUGGGAUAGAUCUCUCCUCCGGACUGCAAAAGCUACGAUGAGGAAAUUCUGAGGUGGCAGAACUCAUCUGUCCACUUUACGCUUCCUUUGGCUGUUACCAAAGGGUUAGCCCAUGAGCAGGUAUCCUCUUGAGUGUGAUUCUGUUUUUACCCAGAUCUCUGCUGCCUGGACAAAUGCAUACAAAUGCAUUUAGGAGCUCAACGGACAAGGAGUGGACACGUUUCCGCGGCAGCAACGUGGAACUUUAUCCUGCUCCUGUCAGUAUGCUCAGCAGUACUCUCUGGAGAAGAAGACUACCUAGCUCAAGGAGUGGAUAUCCUCUAUCGACUGGGGCUUACAGCUCAAAGCAGUGCAGACGAGAGGACACGCUUACCUUCGACUGCACACACCACUGCUCUCUCACCUUUGAAUCUCCCUCUUUCCGGAUAUGGGGUAUUAUUCAACUCAAACUCCCUCUAUGAGGCUCCAGCAGGCAGUUUGUUCCCGCCUGAGAUUGGCGAGGAGUUCUCCGUUGUAGUUAGCCUAAGCUCCUGGCGAGCAAACAAUGCUUUUAUUUUUAGUGUCAAAGACAGCAGGGACCGGCUGCGUUUUGGCAUUCAGCUUCUGCCACGCAGAGUGGUGGUUUACACUGCCGAGAAAGCCUCCAUCUACUUCACCUACAACUGGCAGGAUGGGCGCCAGCACCCUUUUGCUGUUGGUGUUCGUGCACGCUCAGUGUCCUUUUAUGCAGAUUGUGGGGCGGUGCAGCAGCGCGAACAGACCCUGGGGAGAUCUCAGACACUGAGGGAUUCUGGGGGACUCUUCACUCUGGGGAGGAUGAACUCCAAAGCGGCACCUUUUAAUGGUCGAGUCUGCCAACUAGAUAUCUAUCCCUCAGCCCAAGCUGCCGCAAACUACUGCAACUACCUUAAAACACAAUGCCGGCUGGCCGACACUUACCGAUCGCCUUUGCCACACCCUGGUUUGGAGGCAAAUGACCCACCUUCUAACCCCCUUGUUGGAGUAGCAGCUACCCAUCAUAACCCCUUAAAAGCCACAGCAGCUGUCAAUGUGUCCCCAGGUAGUUCGGUCGCACCGUAUUCAACACUGAGCCCAUCAGCACAACCUCAUCUGGGGGAUCAGAGCCACCUUUCCAAAUUGGAUCCCCUUGCCCACUCCACCACAUCCUUGCUUCAGCCUGACAGUCCCACCUUGGUUACCUUGAGUGGACAAGCAGUUCUGGAUCUCACCCAUAGCACAAAUAUCACUACUACCAAAAAUGUGUUGGCAAAAGCGAGUAGCCAGGGGGACACUGAUCACUCUGAAAACAGCACAGAGGAAGACAGCAGCUCUGGGAUCCUACAGACUCCAAAUGCCACACCAGGCCUGGUUUCCCUAGUCAGGCAAAGUCGAGUGAAGGAAGGACUCAGGAACAAUUCCAUCACCAGCUCCAGGGACUCUCACACUGGGCCUGAACAGACUCAUCAGCCCCUGGAGACUCAUCUGAAAGCCAACGGCACCACUUUGUACCGGGAGAAUCAGGUGGACACCUCAGAACAGCAUGACCUGGAUGGCAGCUAUGAUGAUGUAGACAUGGGAGGAUAUGAUUAUGGAUAUGAGGAUCCAGACUUUUUCUAUGACUAUGAAGAUGGUUUACGUGGCCCCAAAGGAGAGCGAGGUGCUCCGGGUCCUCCUGGUCCUGCUGGUUUACCUGGUCCUCCAGGAAAAAGAGGUUCUCGGGGUCCCACUGGUCCACAGGGAAGCCCAGGACAGCCUGGACCACCCGGGCCCAAGGGUUCAAAGGGAGACCCCGGGCUUUCUCCAGGCCAGGCUCCACCAGGAGAGAACGGUGACCGAGGUCCACCAGGUCUUCCUGGGCCACGUGGAUUUCCAGGUCCACCGGGUCCCAAAGGUUAUCAAGGGCCAGCCGGACUGCCAGGAGAACCAGGCGUACCAGGACCUCCUGGGGAAGCUGGGGCGGCAGGUUACCCUGGCAGGCAGGGUUUAGCUGGUCCACAAGGUAACCCAGGGCCUAAAGGUGUCCGUGGUUUCAUUGGGCUUCCUGGCGUUGCUGGGCCACUGGGGCCAGAUGGGGAGAAAGGCAUUCCUGGUCCUGUUGGAAAACCUGGCCCCAAAGGAAGACAUGGUGUGGUGGGGGAUGCAGGGGAGAGGGGGCCUCCUGGUCCUGAUGGCAAUGAGGGACCUGUUGGAGGGAUUGGCAUUAGCGGCUUUCCUGGUCUGAGGGGGGACCCGGGGCCUGAGGGACUGCGAGGACUGCCUGGUCUGGUGGGACCUCAGGGCCCAGCAGGACGAGCCGGCCCGCCUGGAUUGAAAGGUGAUAAGGGUGAAGUGGGACAAAUGGGCGAACCAGGAGAGAUGGGGUACCAAGGUGAUAAGGGUGUUGCUGGUGCACCUGGUCCUGCCGGGCUAAGAGGGAAACCAGGACCACCGGGUAAAAUCGGUGAGAUGGGGGCACAAGGACCACAUGGGCCUCCAGGACCAGAGGGAUUUCCUGGCGACAUUGGAGUACCAGGGCCCAACGGUCCACCGGGACCAAAGGGUUUGCAGGGUGUCAGAGGGCCGCAAGGUCCGCUGGGUCCCCAAGGAACACAGGGUGAUGAAGGACCGCUCGGACCACCUGGCAGCGCUGGCCCUACUGGAAGACCUGGAAGGAAAGGCUAUAUAGGCGAACCUGGCCCCGACGGUUUAGAGGGAGAGAAAGGGGACAUGGGAAAUGUUGGAAAAAUCGGACCACAAGGUCCAAUAGGCCUGAUUGGGGUAGCUGGUGGGAUCGGAGUACCUGGUGAAAAGGGCGACAGAGGACCAGCAGGUCCAACUGGUCCAGUUGGGGAGAAGGGGCCAAGGGGCUAUGCAGGGUUACCAGGAAGUCCAGGGGACAUCGGCCUGCAAGGUGCACCUGGUCCACAGGGGCAGAGGGGUAGCGCAGGCAUCGCUGGGACGAAGGGCAGGAGGGGGCCCCAAGGUCCAGAUGGCCCACUGGGGGAACCAGGCCCUGAGGGCACCAAGGGUGAAAGGGGUGACAUUGGAGAAAAAGGAGAGCCAGGAUUCAUAGGCAAGUCUGGCAGUCCAGGAGAGAGAGGCCCUCCUGGGAAGAGUGGUAAACCAGGUAUUCCAGGCAGCGCCGGGGAGAGGGGACCCCAUGGUGAACCAGGAUCCAAAGGACCUUCUGGAGAGGCUGGACCUGAUGGAGAGCAAGGACCUGAAGGUGGGCCUGGUGCAGAGGGGGAACAGGGUGCCAUCGGAGAACAAGGGUCAAAGGGUGAUGUUGGGCCUCCAGGAGCUGAAGGGGAGCAGGGACAGGAAGGAAUAAGAGGUCCCCCUGGUCCCCCUGGUGAAGACGGCCCUCAAGGAAAAGAUGGAGCCAAGGGUGAGCCUGGUGAGCGUGGGCCCAUUGGAGAGCCAGGGGACAAAGGAAUAGAAGGAGACACUGGGCUCAUAGGACCACCCGGAGAGCCUGGGAAACGGGGAUUUCGGGGACCAGAAGGAAAACUAGGGGCCCCAGGGAACAGAGGACGACACGGAAAGAAGGGAGAGAGAGGUCCUUCAGGUCUUGUUGGUGAGAUCGGCGCACGAGGAGACAUCGGCCAGCCAGGAGAGCCGGGUCUGAAAGGGGCCAGGGGAACUCGAGGCACACCAGGUCAGCCUGGAGUCAUGGGGAUAGAAGGGCAACCAGGACUGGCAGGAUACACAGGUCACCCUGGCAAGCCUGGGCCCAUCGGACCACCAGGGCCUAAAGGUGAAAAGGGUUAUCCAGGCGAGGACAAUAAGACCCCAGGACUGCCAGGGCCCUUAGGUGAACCAGGGCCCCCGGGAGAACGAGGAGAGCGUGGAGAGCCAGGGGAUGAAGGAUAUCAGGGCCAUGUUGGUACCACUGGAUCUCGUGGAGCUGUUGGACCGCAAGGCCCACCGGGAUCACCAGGCCUCCCUGGAGAAUCAGGCCCAAAGGGAGAGAUAGGCGCUCCGGGCUCAGCCGGAAAGAAAGGAGCAAGAGGGCUGAGUGGAGCUCCUGGCAGGGAAGGGUCACUUGGUUUACCUGGACUCGUGGGAAUGAACGGUUACCCAGGGCCGGAUGGUCCCCCAGGACUGACUGGCUUACCAGGAUUUCCCGGAAAAAAAGGACGACAGGGUCAGAAAGGCUUGAUGGGACAAGAGGGAUCUGCUGGACGUCCAGGUCCCAGGGGAGAGAUUGGACUUCCUGGACCACCUGGAGAAAGUGGCCCGCCUGGUCAGAAGGGAGAACUGGGACUGCCAGGGGACAGGGGAGCCUCGGGAUUCAAAGGCAUGGAGGGGGCUACAGGUGACCAGGGCAGGAAAGGUGACCAAGGACCCAAAGGACAACCUGGGGAAUCUGGGGAUCUGGGAAUGGUUGGCUUACAGGGAUUUCCAGGACCAAUGGGGCCGAAUGGUGAUUUGGGAUUAAGAGGCUUCCCUGGCCCGAAAGGCCCAUUGGGCACUCUGGGAUUCUCUGGACCUGUAGGCCCUGAAGGAACGAUGGGUCCAAUGGGAAAACCUGGACCAAGGGGCCCAAAGGGAAGCGGGGGCGAAAUGGGGCCUCAAGGACCACAGGGAAGUCCAGGACCUAGCGGACCCCCUGGUGCUCCAGGUCCAACAAGGGUGAUAUAUGAUGACUUAGCAGUCUACGGUCUAUCUGACUCUAAUGCUGCCGUCAGCACACAGAGUUUACAGAACACAGAAAUGAGCCUCUCCGAUCAAAAUACGGAGAUACUAAAGACUCUACAUUACCUGAGCAGUAUGAUUGAGAGCAUAAAACAGCCUCUGGGCACAAGGGAGAACCCGGCCCGUGUCUGCAAAGAUCUGGUUGACUGUCAUCACAAGCUCAGAGAUGGUUGGUUCUGGAUUGAUCCAAACUUGGGCUGUACUUCUGAUGCCUUCAAGGUCUUCUGCAAUUUUACCGCAGGAGGGCAGACCUGUUUACAUCCAGUAGCCUCUAAUAAGAUGGUGUUUGGUGUGGGGAAAGUCCAAAUGAAGUUUCUCCAUUUGCUGAGUAUUGAGGCCAGUCACACCAUCACACUCCACUGCCUAAAUGAUCCUCCCUAUGGCACCACAGACCGCUUCAGCUCCACCGGAUCCUUACCACAAGAGAACACCCCACUUCAGUUUCGAGGCUGGAACAAACAGAUGUUUGUGAAAGACACACUACUUGAACCACAUGUGCUCCAAGACGACUGCAAGAUCCAAGAUGGCAGCUGGCACCAGUCACGCUUCUUCUUCCAUACUCAGGACAGUCGUCAGCUACCUAUUGUAGACAUACAGGAGUUUGUCACAUCCCAGCCCAAUAGUCAGCGGCGUAUAGAAGUCAGUCCAGUCUGCUUUCUUUGACACCAACAUCACCGGCCUGUAACUAUUUUACAUGAACUACUAAAAUGCAAGGCUGUUACAAAAACAAUUGCUGACUACCAAGAGCGAGUGGCCGUGAGAGUUUGUCGUGUUCAUUGGAAAACCGUUAAUGGGACCUGUUAGCACGACAACUAUCCAAUGUCCAAUUGAAGACAGACCUGCAUGGAAGAACUCAAUCUCUGUGGAACACCCAGGCCAAGACGGCCAAAUUAGAACAGCGUAUACCAAUAUUUAUCAGUAAUUGUAUAAAGUAUGUUUUGUCGAUAAUUGUUAGUCAAACGGUGCUUAGGAUGGCUGUAAAAGGACCCACAUCACUCCCUGAUUGCAGGGUAGGGUCUCCCUAAAUAGCAUCCUAUUCAAACCCUAAAACUCACUCCUCCCUCUCACCUCUCACGCCCAGACCAUCUUGAGCAGAGGCCUAACCCGAAGGAGCGUGCCGGGCCUCUACAUAAGAGCACUGUCUAACUAAAAUGUUUUUAUGAGUGCAAUAGCAUGUGGAUAAUGUGUGACUGCUAUAAAUAUUUCAUUUUCCGAUCAAAGGCUACAUUUUACAUUGUGUUCAUGACAUUUUUGUUUAUGGUCCUGCCCAGUUGGACCUGUACAUCUUGACAGAUGGUGCUCUACCUCUACCUGCUCAUUUGCUUUCUACAAUAGUUGCUAAUGUCAAGUCUUCUUUUUUUUGCCUUUGUUUUGUAUGUACCGGUUACAUCAAGAUUUGUUAUGUUUUUUUUCUAAGUACUUAUGUUGAUUUGGUCAUUUCUAAUUUAUGAACCAUUUUUUUGAUACACUACAUAUUUUUGUAGCUUUUCCUUCUAUGUGGUAGGUUCUUCAGGGGAAACCUAUCAUUGGUGCUGCAAAAAAUAAAUGAGUCAUCAGUGAGUUUUUCAUUUCCUGUGUAUAUAUUGACAACAUACUGUAUGUUUAUUUAUAUUCUUUUUGUUUUUUGUUCACAUUACUGUAUCACAGUAAAUUAUACUCUCAGAGAAUUAUUUGGUCAGCCACAGCUCAGUCUAAAGAGGUAUUUAUGUGUAAAAGGUGUGUCUGUGUGUUCACACCUGUGACUGUAUGUCUAUCAUACUGUUAUUUUUGUUUUUGCAGUGGUGGUUAGGUGGACUGGCAGCUACAUUAGGCCAGAGUCAGAAUACAAAGAAAACACAGUCAUUAUAUUCUUAAAUUAUGUUACCUGAACAACUGUGCAGGAUAAAGGUGAAUGCAAAUGUGUAAAUAAUAAAUAUGUUGCCAAACAAAUAAAAGGAGCAUUUUACCCACAAA